CUUUUACCGAUCCUUAUCUUGGACUUGAACUGACAGAAUCCAACGAUCGUCACCUUGUGACAAUAUCCAUCAAUCCCGGGUCGACAAACAGCAAUAUCGGGAGAAUCUCAUCUUUUUCUAAAUGCUCCUUGUUUAUCAGAUGCCUUCUCAGCAAUCCAGUCAAGGCCGAGUUGCCCGAUCCAGGGGCGGUUGCGUAACAUGCAGGUCAAAACAUGCAAAAUGCGACGAAGCAAAACCAACUUGCAAGUCAUGCGCUGCACGUGGUCAGAAAUGUGGUGGAUACCGGUUGGAUGUUCGAUGGUCUACCAAGCAUGAGAAGCGCACUCGACAGCCCCAAUCGCGACCUCGUCAGUCGCGAACAGAGGGUUCACCUUCGGCGCGGUCCACGGAGGCUCAACCAGACACACAUUCUCAGAUCUCAUAUCGAUCAGAGAGUGCGUCUGUAGCUGGUAGAAACUCCAUUAGCUCGGCAGCAGCGAUUGUUCCCAAUGAUUUUGACCCAGCUACAAGCGCGCCUGUCUUUCACCUCAACGGCAUUGUGUCACCCUUGUUCCCGAUGUCUACAGACGGUGACUUCUUCUCAAAUCAAUUGGAACAAGAACACGAGGAAGCAAGCCAUGCUUUCAGUGGCACCGACAGCGAAAAUCACGACGCUUACUCCCUAUCAAACAUGACGUCCUCCGUAUCCCCCUUGCAGUGGGGAGACGAUUUCUUAGGGUCUGCUCAAAGUGACAACGACCUAGUUUCAGCUUCAGAAACCCUCUCAAUUCCAGUUGGUAAUAUGGCCUUUGACUUCAACAUGCCCUUACCGACAGUCGACCCUGGCAGACUGACAUUCGAAAUGACACCAAACGCAAUCACAUAUACGCCAUCUGUGCUCAUCGAGUACUGGUUUCGCCACGUCUGUUCUCUGUGGUCCAAUUACGAUUCUGAUGUCAACCUCAACCGGACUAUUGCUGCCGCUCUAUGGUCUAACUGCGAGCUCGUUUAUCUAAGUUUACAGGCAAUGUCGGCCGCGCACCUGUCCGCCAAAGUACCAAUGAUGCGGCAGACAUCGAUAACGAACAUGAAGGCGGCGGCCGAAAUCAUGAGAGCUGACUUGCAUACUGUCAAGUCGCACCAACUCUUCAAUUCAGUACCUACAAGUCUCUUGUUCUCCCUGAUGGGAAUUGGAACCAGCAUCUGCUGGCUCAAUGCCACUCAGCUGGGAUUACCAUUUCUCUGCGAAGCGAAAGCCAUCCUUCAUGCUGUCAACAAAAACAAGCACGCAUUAUCCGAAGAACAGCGGCAAUUGCUAUCCUUCUUCAAUAAGAGUUGGCUCUACUGCGAAAUGCUAUUGUCCAUGGUGACAUCGAGCUGUAGAAGCUUACAGAAAAUGGAAGAAAUGGGUGACGUCGAGGAAGCAGUUCCUGCCAGUGCGCCUGUGACGGCAGACCCAGUUGAACAGGUUCCGCAUCCGUGGACUGGGGUCUCAAGCGACAGCUAUAAACUGUUCAUGCGGGCAAUGAAACUUUGCCACAAAUUCAGACGCAAAAUCCGGAAACCACAAGACAUGUUUGCGUCAGCCAACAUCAGCGCUGCCAUGCAGCUCAUUGAAGAAGCUGCCGUGGUAGAGAAGCAGACUUGCCAUCUCGAUGUGGAAUGCCGCGAGACAAUUGGAGAGACGAAUGACAAGAAGACGCCUAAUCAACACCUCUUCAACGUUGCCGAAGCUUACCGUCAAUCAACCCUGUUGCAAUUGUACCAGACGUUUCCAGAACUCAUCGUAAGACGACACGAGCUGGAUCAAUCACAGGCGAAAGAUGCCCAAGCCUUGUGGGAUAACUGGAUCACCCCAAUCGCUAUGAACUUGGUGAGCAUACUGAAACUGUUACCUACAGACUCGGGUAGCAAAAUGACCCAGCCACUACUCUGCGUCUCGGCCAGCACUGGACUCAGGCGAAAACAUAUUGAAGUCAAGGCCACUACCCCCAGAGAUGUUCCCUUCAGCCAAGAUGCCAGUCUGGAGGAUUGCGACAUGAUACAUUACCUUGACUUCGCUGGCCUUCACGAUGAGCUGCCAGAGGAGUCAGAGCCAGAGCCAGAUCCAGAUGCAAAUGCGGGAAUCAUGGCUGCCAGACAAUUUCUUCACGAGCGUCUGGAGACGUUGAAGACCGUCCUCCCCCCAAAGCCAGUGGCAGUAGCGCAAGAUUUGACCAAAGCUAUCUGGCAAGCCUAUGACACGGAACAGUGCGCGAAGUAUGCGACGCAUUGGAUAGAUGUGAUGGAUAGUCGGAAUUUGAAGUCGAACUGGGGAUAGUGUGGUCCAAUAUGUAUUUAUAAUGAUGUGAUUGUACUUUACAUUCGAAACCAAGUAAUCCUGCAUCGCGUACAACAUCCUUCCUUUAAUACACAUUCCCAAUACUUUAUAGCUUAGGUGGUUUGCAGCACGAAGAGUCACUCAUAGCCGCUAGCUUGCUAACCUUAUCAGUGGUAUCAAAUCCAGCCUUCUUAGCAGCCACUUCACUGGGAGUGAUUGAGUAAGAAGGAGGCACGUCCAUGACAGGGUUGCAGGUGAAGAAAUGACGGGGUCUGAGCAAGAGUGUAAUCGGCUCAGCGGGCAUAACUGGGAAAUCCUCUGGAGCGGGGAAAUGCGUGAUACCAAACGUGUGCCAGAGGACGAUAUCAGUAUUAGCGACGCUCUUAGUACCGUCACCAACCCAAGCCCCGAGGCCUCUGGAUGGCUCACCGGAGGUCUGAGCGACGUGGUUGCCAGCGGCCCAGAGCUCAUCAUCCGCAUCUGAAAAUGGUCAGCAUGAUGCAUAGAUACGUAAGGAUGAAGAAUGUCUUACACUUCGUCACAUGAAC